GGUGCUUGGGGGCGGUGGUUUCCCCUUGCCCGCCCUUCUAUUGCAGGCGUGGGCAAUAAAAGGGAGACCAACGAGGCUGGCGGGUGAAAAGCUCUUGCCGGUUCUUAGGCGUCUCUACGCGGCGAGCGAGCGAGGGGAGCCGUGUGGCCCACCCCAAGGGUCCCGUCGCAGCACCAGUGUUGCGCCUUCUUUUUUGGCUUCUUGAAAACUAGACUGCUAUAAUGGGUCGCCGUUCAUCAGACACUGAAGAAGAGAAUAGAAGCAGAAGGAAAAAGAAACAUCGUAGGAGGUCAUCCUCAAGCAGUUCUUCUGAUGACAGAGUGUACAGCCGUAAAAAGUCAGGAAGGAAAUCAAGGUCACGGUCUCGAGAUCUCCAGUUUCACUCACAUUCAUAUGAAAAAAGGCGCAGGCAUCGAUCUAGCAGCAGCUCUUCAUAUGGAUCCAAGAAAAAACACAGCCGUAGCCGAUCAAGAGGCCGAGGAAAAUCAUAUAGGUCUCAGAGAUCAAGAUCAAAGAGCAGAACAAGAAGGUCACACUCAAGACCUCAUCAACGUUCUUAUAGCCGAAGCAGUGAAAGGACAAGCCACAGGAGAAGUCGUAGCAGGUCUCGUGAUAAAGAAAGGCGUAAAGGCAGAGAUAAAGAGAAGGCGAGAGAGAAGGAGCGGACUAGAGGGAAAGAGAAGGAUCAGUAUUACACCAAAAGUGGGGAUGCUGGAAACAUCAAAGCUGGAUUAGAACAUCUGUCAGCUGCUGAACAGGCCAAAGCUAGAUUACAGUUGGUUCUUGAAGCUGCUGCUAAAGCUGAUGAAGCCUUGAAAGCUAAAGAGAGAAGUGAAGAAGAAGCAAAGAAGAAAAAGGAAGAAGACCAAACCAGCCUCGUAGAACAAGUGAAACGAGUAAAAGAAAUUGAAGCAAUUGAAAGUGACUCCUUUAUUCCACAGGCAUUCAGAUCAAGUAAAGAAGUCAAAAAGGCUACAGAACCUGCUGAAGUCAAGAGUGAACCCACAACAGCAGAAGUAGGAAAUAUUGGUCUUGCUACAAUUGAAAAAGUAACAGUAACUGGAAGUAUUCCUACUGCUAUCAGAUAUCAAGAUGAGAACUCACUAGCCCAUCCCAAUCUGUUUGUUGACAAGGCAGAAGCAGAAGAAAGAUGGUUCCAGAGGCUGAUUGCGCUUCGUCAAGAGAGGCUGAUGGGCAGUCCUGUGGCCUGAGUGAAUUUAAUAGCAUACAGAAUUUCACAAUCUUGUCUGCUGCAACAUUGCAGUGAUAACACUGGAUGAGUGUCAAAAAGAAAUGUUUAAGCUGGCCUCUAUUUGAAAAUAACAUUGUUUUCAUUCAGUACCCUACUGACAUAAUAGAUGUAUAUUGCCUUAACACAUGGUGCUUGCUUUGCAAGUAGAAUGGAAGGUGGGGUGAGAGGGAGCACCAGAGUUGUUGCUAAGGCACUGCCUGAUGGGGAAAGAAGCCCUGUUGUCCUACAGGCAGUGGAAAGCUCUUGGUUGUACUUUCAGAGAGAAUCCAAUCCUAUUAGAAAAAAACUUAAAGGGUUUUCUUUUCUCAGCCCAUUUCCCUAAGGUUGCCAACUGUGAUACAAUUUCUUGAGAAUUCAGAACUGAAAGUUAGCCAGAAUAUAAAACAUUUCUCAUUGUCAAAUACUUUAAAAUUUAUACCUUUCUCUCUCAACAGAAGUAAGCAAGUCCCUGAGUUUCUCUGUUCUCUGACAUUGUCACUAUUAAAAUUUCAUAAUAUGCUUUUGCUGUCUGUGCACCAAAUUACUCUGAAUACAGAAUGCAGGUGAAUAGAGGCAAAGGAGAGAAGCCAAUAAACAUUUGACUCUUUUCAAACAAAAGUAUCUUCCUCUUUUCCUUGUGUUACACAGAUAUUUUUAUUCUUAAACGAUAUCUAAUUUGUAGGUAUAUACAUAUAUAUGUAGCUGAAAUGUAUUAAGAUUAUUUGAUAAUUCUGUGCUGUAUAAAUGAAGCAUACUGUUGGAGUCUAUUUUAUUUUCUUCACUGAUGCUCAGUUCAAUCAACUGAAAAACAUCACUAGCAAAGUCUAGAUUUGAAACUCCUUUUAUGAGAAUUGGGACCUGGCAACUGUAUUGGAAAGGCACUCAAUAUCCCCUAACUAUAUGAGAAUAAAAUUUAGUUUUAAAAAUACAGCUUGCUAAAGUCCUAAGGUUCUUUACUUACUGGAAUGUUCUGGGCUAUGUACUCUUCAGUUUUGAGUUUGAGUUAUAUUCUGAUAUUUCUAGAUCUGCAGGCUAAGUGAUAUUAAAGAUACUUGGCCAACUCACACUAGGGAUCUGAAUUAAUUUAUAAAGCAACCAUUCAUAUUUUAUGAUCUUCACUUUUUUAGUAUAUUCCAGAUAUUGGCUUAGAUCCAAAGUGCCAUCUGUGGCAAACUACACAUACAGAGGACUUUUCAACUUGUCCCUCUUGGUAAUAAACCCCAACCCCUCAAAAGCCCCACCUAUAAGGUUGGUGCAUCACCUCCAUGAGAUGCAAGGAAUUACUCUUUGAGAUAAAAACUGCCCCUACACCACUCAAAAUAAUUUUGCAUGGGCCUCACUGAAUCCUGGCCCUUACCCAUCUCUAUAAUAGAUGAAGCUGUAUCAUCAGGUGCAAAGCUAUGCACAACAGAGGAUCCUAUGCAUGUGGCCCCUUUUGUUGUUGUGGCAUAUAUUCCAGUAGGGAGGAUCAAUAACUUUGAUUGCCAACUAAUAAACCUCCUAAUUCGCAGAAGAAUUAAUUACUUGAGGUUUUUAAAGCAAACAGCUUGACUGUUGUAAGUCAGAAUUCCUGAAUUCUUAAGAGUAUAUGUGGGUUGACUUUGGCACAAGCCACCGAGGACAGCUACCAAGGCUCCAAUACUGGAAGGGGCACUGCUGAUUCCUGUUUUCGCCCCCUGAGGAGGAUUGGGCCGGUCAGCAAUCAGUGUCCUCUAUCUGGGUGAGUCCCCUCUACUUACUCUGUAGGCAGAUGCUACCUGAGGCAUUGUGUGAGGCAUCGGGGGCAGGGAAUAUGUUAGGUUGUAGCCAGAAAACCACCUAAUGGCGCAGCAGGGAAAUGACUUGAUUAUCAAGCCGGAGGUUGCAGGUUCAAAUCCCCGCUGGUAUGUUUCCCAGACUAUGGGAAACACCUAUAUCGGGCAGCAGCAAUAUAGGAAGAUGCUGAAAGGAAUCAUCUCAAACUGCGCAGGAGAUAUCAAUGGUAAAUGCCUCCUGUUUUCUACCAAAGAAAAACCACAGGGCUCUGUGGUCGCCAGGAGUCGACACCGACUCGAUGGCACACUUUACUUUUUUUUUUUUAGCCAGAAAAAGUAUGAUAGGUGGCAGUCAGCCACCAACUAGAAUGCUGUUGCUUCUGCUACUGACUCACUGAGAAUGAAAAACAACAACAUGUCUGCCACCACAGUAAAGGGAGGGCCCACCAGAGGUCACCUUGCUAAGGGCUCCCUCAUAUCUGGAGUCGCCCCUAUAUGUAGUGGUGGGAUUUCAAGGGGAUGAUAAAGUUUUAUUUUCUCAGUUCAUGCUUACUGGUUAUUUACAUUUCAGCUGUUAGGAAUAGAGUAAUAAUAGUAAAGAAAUAUAAAGAAUAGAAUGUAAAGUAAGAAACCUUUUGCUUUUUUAAAAAAACUGUGCAGUAUAUUGGGGGAGGGGGGACACCCAAGGCUUAUGAUAGAUGGCUGACUUUCACUAAAGUAAAAAGGUAAACCUGAUUCCCCAUCAGACAAUGCAGGCUAGAUUUUAAGAUACUUGGUUGCAAGGUGAGCAAAAAAACAAAUCAAUAAGCUAAAGGCAUUUAGUAUGACAAGUAUCUUCAUUGUGAGAGGGUCAUGUUAAGCACUCCUUUCUAGCCAGCUUCAAAGCAUUAGAUCAUGCCUUUAUUUAUUUAUUUAUUGUUAAAUUUAUAUACCCCCUUUCAUUAAAGCAAUCCCAAGGCAGUUUACAGCAAAAAAAAAAACACAAGAUGGUAAAAAAGACACAAUUAAAAUAUUAAGUUCGGGGAAAAAUAUUAAACAAAUCUGAUUUAAAAAUUUAAAACAAAAAGCAUAAAAGCAUUAAAGAUUAUAAAGAGCAGCAGCAGAGAAUCAAAUAAAUGCCUGGGCAAAAAGCCAAGAUUUUACAUUUUUUCUGAAAGCUGUGAUGGAAACCAAGGAGCGAAUAGCCACCGGGACAGCAUUCCAGAGUCUGGGGGCAGCAACAGAGAAGGCCCUGUCCCGCGUACACGACAACCAAGCCUCCCUCAUUGUCGGCACCCGGUGCAGAGCCCCCUCAGAUUACCUUGUCAAGCGGGCAGCAACCCUUGGGAGCAAGCGGUCCCUCAGGUAUCCCGGACCCAAACCAUUUAGGGCUUUAAAGGUCAAAACCAGCACCUUGAAUUGGACCUGGAAACAAACUGGUAGCCAGUGCAGCUCUUUCAAAAUGGGUGUGAUGUGCUCCCACCGGGCAGCUCCAGAUAAAACCCUAGCUGCUGCAUUUUGCACUCGCUGCAGUUUCUGGAUGUUCUUCAAGGGCAGCCCCACGUAGAGCGCGUUACAGUAAUCCAGCCUUGACGUGACUAAAGCAUGGGUAACUGUGGCCAGAUCUGCCUUCUCGAGAAAGGGAGGCAGCUGGCACACUAGCUGAAGCUGUGCAAAGGCACCCCUGGCCACCGCCUCCACCUGAGCUUCUAAAAGCAGAGCCGGGUCCAGUAGUACCCCCCAAACUGUGUACUUGCUCCUUCACGGGGAGUGCAGCCCCAUCCAGAACUGGUAAAAUCUCCUCAUCCCAAUUGGCUCUCCUACUAACCAACAUUACCUCCGUCUUGUCUGGAUUCAAUUUCAGUUUAUUAGCCCACAUCCAACCCAUCACGGCCUCCAGCCCCCGAUAUAUAUCUUCUCCUACAUAUUUUUUAUAUACAAUGCACAUUAAUUCCUGAAACAUACUGUCAACCAAACUUUGUUUCUUCUUCUAAAAUAUAUUCUGUGUGAAAGAUGAUAGCUGAAGAAAGAAGAGAGAAAUGUUUACCAGCGGAGCAAUCCUAUUCUCCUUAAUUUAUAUUAUAUUCUGAAACUACUAUCAACCCUAUUGGUAGUGUGUGACUGUAUGUAUUAUAUGGUGUAUAACAAAAUUUCUCUCUGUUGUUUUGCCCAUAGAAAAGGUGGAAUGACUGUAUAUGUAAUGUAAGGUUCAAAAUGACUUGUGUUCUACUGAUGAACAUAAUCAAUGAAUUGAAGUCUGGAAAGGAAUGAUACACAUACACACACCUCAACCUUAAUGCCAAUCUCUAGCAUAUUAUUAACUAUUAAAGGCUCAAGCAGCACAAUUCCAUCUCCA